AUGGGGCGAUUCGAUGGACGAGCAGUAAUCGUUACUGGUUCAUCCAAUGGCAUUGGAAGAGCUACAGCACAACUAUUUGCUCGAAAAGGUGCCAUGGUCACGAUUUGUGGUCGCGAUGAAAACACACUAAACGAAUCCAAGAACAUUGUCCUCGCCGAAAAUGGAAAUGCGGAGGAAAAAGUAUUGGUUGUACGUGGAGAUAUUCGCGAAGAAGAGGUUAUGCAAAGAACUAUCGGCGAAACAGUUAAGAAAUUCGGACGACUGGAUGUACUAGUGAACAACGCUGGUGGUGCUGCGAAAGUAGCUAAAAUAGACAUAGAAAAAAGCGAACUAGAAGGAGAUAUGGCUUCAUUCGAUUACGCUCUGGAUCUCAACCUGAAAAGUGUUUUUCGUUUGUGUCAACUCGCCUAUCCCCACCUUAUGCAGACAAAAGGAGAAAUUGUGAACGUGAGCAGUAUAGCUGGACUGAAUAAUGGGAAUGCGACGAUUUCUUCAUUUUACAGCAUCGCAAAAGCUGCACAGGAUCAACUGACAAGAAAUCUUGCAAUCCAUUAUAUUACAAAAGGAGUACGCGUCAACAGUGUUAACCCCGGAGCUGUUUCAACAAACAUUAUGCAAAAGCACGGACUUACAGAUGAGAUGGUCAAGAAGAUGGAAGACCAAGUAAUAACCGAUAAAUCUCGCAUUCCUUAUCAGAAAAUUGGAAAACCAGAAGAAGUAGCUGAAGCUAUCCUCUUUCUCGCAGAUAGGAAGCGUUCAAACUAUAUUGUUGGCCACCAGCUCGUCAUCGAUGGCGGAGCUAAUGGCGGAUAUGGUCGCGGGGAGAUAAAGAAACUGGGGUCAAUUUUCGGCUGCAGGACAAGAGACCGUCAACAUCUAUACUUCCUCUUCUGUCUAAUACAUUGUUAA